AUGGGCGACCCCUUGGCAGACAGGGCACGUAUCUUGCUCUCUGGGAUCUUGUAUCCCGGGGACGCGCCUGACGACGCAAACUUACUGGCCCUGGACAGGUUUUACCUGUAUCGGGUGUCUGAAACCGAGUAUGUGGUCAUGGAUGCAGGGUAUCGUUUGGACCCAGAGCUCACCAUACCUAUCGCACUCUUGACUAACCCCUGCUUUGAGAUCGACCAUUGGUAUUGGCGCCAGAUUGGGCUGCGCAAGGGAUUCAAUAAGCGAGCCCUCAGAAGCAGUGAGCGUGGGCGUACCUGGCGGUCAGGUUGCAUGGGGGACGCGUUAGCAGAACACGCCGUGUUCCUGUUGGAUUCUAAACCGGAUUACCAAAAUGACGGGCCGGCGUGUAAAGCGCCUAGGAGGUUCGAAUGCAAC